AUGUCUCCUCUCUUCCUCCUCUUCCUCAGUCUGCUGGCACGUGUGACAUGUCUCUUCCUCAUGUCUCCUCCUCCUCUUCCUCCUCUUCCUCCUCUUCCUCAGGUGUCUGACCUCCUGACUUCCUCUUCUCAGGUGUUGACAUGUCUGUUCCUCAGCUGCUGCGACUGUCUGACUCUUCUUCCUCCUCUUCCUCAGCUGCUGCGACUGUCUGACUCUUCUUCCUCCUCUUCCUCAGCUGCCUGCGACUGUCUGACUCUUCUUCCUCCUCUUCCUCAGCUGCUCUGCUGUGACUGUCUGACUCUUCUUCCUCCUCUUCCUCAGCUGCUGCGACUGUCUGACUCUUCUUCCUCCUCUUCCUCAGCUGCUGCCUGCUGUGACUGUCUGACUCUUCUUCUCCUCUUCCUCAGCUGCUGCGACUGUCUGACUCUUCUUCCUCCUCUUCCUCAGCUGCUGCGACUCUGCUGCGACUGUCUGACUCUUCUUCCUCCUCUUCCUCAGCUGCUGCGACUGUCUGACUCUUCUUCCUCCUCUUCCUCAGCUGCUGUUCUCCCCCACCUCAGUCUUCUGACUCGUCUUCCUCCUCUUCCUCAGCUGCUGCUGCGACUGUCUGACUCUUCUUCCUCCUCUUCCUCAGCUGCUGCCUGCUGCGACUGUCUGACUCUUCUUCCUCCUCUUCCUCAGCUGCUGCGACUGUCUGACUCUUCUUCCUCCUCUUCCUCAGCUGCUGCGACUGUCUUGACUCUUCUUCCUCCUCUUCCUCAGCUGCUGCGACUCUGCUGCGACUGUCUGACUCUUCUUCCUCCUCUUCCUCAGCUGCUGCGACUGUCUGACUCUUCUUUCCUCCUCUUCCUCAGCUGCUGCGACUGUCUGACUCUUCUUCCUCCUCUUCCUCAGCUGCUGCGACUCUGCUGCGACUGUCUGACUCUUCUUCCUCCUCUUCCUCAGCUCUGCGACUGUCUGACUCUUCUUCCUCCUCUUCCUCAGCUGCUGCGACUGUCUGACUCUUCUUCUCCUCUUCCUCAGCUGCUGCGACUCUGCUGCGACUGUCUGACUCUUCUUCCUCCUCUUCCUCAGCUGCUGCGACUGUCCCUGACUCUUCUUCCUCCUCUUCCUCAGCUGCUGCGACUCUGCUGCGACUGUCUGACUCUUCUUCCUCCUCUUCCUCAGCUGCUGCGACUGUCUGACUCUUCUUCCUCCUCUCCUCUCAGCUGCUGCGACUGUCUGACUCUUCUUCCUCCUCUUCCUCAGCUGCUGCGACUCUGCUGCGACUGUCUGACUCUUCUUCCUCCUCUUCCUCAGCUGCUGCGACUGUCUGACUCUUCUUCCUCCUCUUCCUCAGCUGCUGCGACUCUGCUGCGACUGUCUGACUCUUCUUUCCUCCUCUUCCUCAGCUGCUGCGACUGUCUGACUCUUCUUCCUCCUCUUCCUCAGCUGCUGCGACUGUCUGACUCUUCUUCCUCCUCUUCUUCAGCUGCUGCGACUGUCUGA